GCCGGGGCCGGGGCCGCCCAGUCAUCGGCCCGAGACGAGUUCCCGCGCAUGUCCGCGCCGCGCCCGGCCUGCUCGCGUUUCCGCAUCAUGACCCCAUGAUUCGCGUCGACAGCCACGACCUGGAACUGGGAAUCCUCAGGGGAGGCGACCUCCAGCCGGCCGGCGGCAUGGCCGACCGCUCGCAGCAGUACGAGUUCCGCCAGGACGCCGCCAAUGACCACGUGCUGUUUGACGACGUGCCGCUCCCCGGGGGGUCGCCCGUCCGCGACCAACCGCUGAGAGACCCGUUGCGCGACCAGCGCGACCAGCGCGACCAGCUCUCGCAGUCCUACCCAGGAGCCUACAAUAAUGCGUUUGCGGACGACGUUGGGUUCGAAGACGACGAUCUGCCCGAGAGAAGAAGUCUAGGCGGCCCCGUCAGCGUGCUGCCAGACUACGGAGCUGUCAGCAGAGCACCACUGCCAGUACCUACGAAAAUGACCUCGUUUUUGCGAUUGGACAACGACUUCAACUCCCUACCGGACGUUUUAUGCGAAAAAGCGGAGUUUUUGUCCUUUUUGAGACUUUUAAGCCCCUGAUAACAUCUUGAACCG